UGUCAUUAUGGCCUAUAUUGACCUCGGAUGAUACCACAGCCAACACACUGAGACGGUGCAGAUGGCAGACUUCAGCCCAAAUCGUGAACUUCUCAACCCCAAGUUCGAAGGCUACAAACUGCAGGUGAUCUCCCCGGGGAUAGCUCGACAUGGCCUGCCAUACAAGCCCACCCAAGUAACCACCUCUGGCAGAUCACCGCUUUCGCUGCAAGAAGUCCAAAGCAGAAUCACCCACAACCAUCUCGUUCUUUCUCCUGCACCUGGAAGAGCGCUCUACAUCGAUGCUGAUCAUCGGGUAGUCGUUGUUGACAUAGACCCCACUGAUAUAACCAAAUCUCCUAGGUUCGAUGUCGUCUACGAGCUCCCUGUCGCAAUUUCUACCGCCCAAACGCAAUCAGAGACUAUACACCGCGAGUAUCCUUCUGCCGCAUUCCUGGCAGACGAUACCGCUUUCGUGGGUGAUGGGCGUGGAAGUCUGUACAUCCUCAGUAUCCCUGCACGCGGCCCUGCCACGCUCGUAUCCUCAUUCGAGCUCUUCGACAGAGAGGCUACAUCCCUUCCACUACCCUUCCGAAUCCACAGCGUCGCACGGGUAUCGGACGGGACAGUUGUUGCUUUGCUGUCGUCCAGGCACUAUGACACGGAAGUUCUUUCCUCCCUCACACAGGAAACAGCUGCCACAUCUUCACCACACCUCCGACAUCUUCACCACCACCACUCGUCCGAAUUCGACGUAUGGGCUGCACGCUUUACCUUUCCGCUCAACAUGAUGCAGGUCGACUCGGGUACACUUGACAUCGUCUGGCGCAGACGUGGGGAAGACGUGCCUAUGCUCGCUGUUUACGAUGCGUCCCGCAGCGCUUAUGCCCUUAUCGGCAGUUCGACGUACCGUGAGAUCGGCGCUCCACACACGCCAGCCUACGAGCCUUCUCCUGACGAGAUCGCACCGAUCCCUCGGGCGGGCGAGGAUCUGGAUGCCAGCGACAACACGACACUCCCAAAACCCUAUCCCUAUUCGUGGACGCAGACCGCUGAUGUCGUGACGGUAGCAUUUCCGCUCCCCUCGUCAACUCCGAAAUCCAGUAUCUCUGUUCUCUUCUCACCUACCACGUUGACGGUGCACGUGAAAGGCGUACCAGGAAACAUCGACAUCGAGGGGGUAUGGCUACCGCACUACUCUGCCAAGCAGCUGUGGGACCGUGUGCGCCCCUCCACUAGCUUCUGGACAUGGGACCGCGAGGGAGAACACAAGUUUGGAAUCUUGAGCGUGCAUCUCGACAAAAUGACCGAAGGUCAGAAAUGGAUGCACGUGUUCGCUGCAGCCGGUACUCGUACCAGUACACCGAGGGAGGCCGCAAGCGAAGGGUAUGAUGAUAUGGACGUUCCGGAAACGCUCGAUCCGUCUGAACUCUACCUCGUCCGUGAGGCACUCGAGAAAUACACGGAAGCACUCAGGACAGGUGAGGACGCUAGCGGACUCGGACUCGGCCGCGGCGUCCCCUCGUUAGCACAGGGCGAGAUGGAUGACGAGGUCGACGAUUCAGUCGGACGCCUCGCCUCUUUUACGUGGGUCUCAGAGGACGGGUCUACGCCGCCCUGGUGGAAGAGGAAAGACAGUAGCACAUCACCCUUCAACCUCCUCUCUACGACCUUCCCUGGCACAGACGCUAAAUUAGUAGCCAGCCUGGUGGUCAAGAAUUCGAUUGAUGGGUUAUUGUACGCCGCGGAUGGAGUACAAAGUGGCGGCGGCGACACCAUCGCCCCCGAGUGGAAACACACAGGCACAUUCCCUGCGCUGGCGUUCGUGCUGGCAUCGAAGCGCGACACACGGUUCUCAUACCACACGCAAAAUGCUAUCUUCGCAUUCGAGAAUGGAUCCGUUGAUCGCGGCGGAAACGUGUACAUCUAUCGACGCUCAUCACCGAACCAGCUGUGGGCCAAGCAAAGCGUCCUCAAGGUUGGUGAUGGCAACGCUGGAUCGCUCCUCGGCGUCUGCGCGCUCAAAAGUAACAACAAAUCCGAUUCCACGACCAUCGUUUGCUUAUGCGAGAAUCAAUUGGUAGUUUUGUACGACAUCUUUUAAGAAGGGUGAAACAAGGAUAGUUCAGUUGUUACAACCAGUUAAGGGAGUAAAUGUAUGAUACUGAAGUUCCGGUGAUCAUCACAUACGAUUGGGGAAUCGUGAACCAGGCUACAGAUGGGGAAAAAACGAAAAACUUAGAGGCAGCUCCUGUGCACCGCAAGGAUUGGUGGCGACCAA